AUGUUCCGGUCCCUCUUUAUUCUCGCUCUCUUCCGUCUUUCGCUUGCUGCCCCUUUCCUCCUGGGAUACUCGUCAACACAGCACUUUGCAAGCGCUGGCAUUCAACAUCCGGAGCAGUCCACCACUGCAUCGCUCUCACACCUCCUCGGCCGCUUUAAUUCUGAUUCCACCUCUUCCGCACAACUUCCCCUUCACCCCGAUUUCGCAUCGCAACCCCGUCCGUCUCUCCUUCUCGUCGUCCGCGCAGAGGUGUCAUCACCGCGCAAAACCCUCACAGCACUUGCUGGCGCCCUCGGCGGCGACCGACCCACGUCAUUUAUCGCACGCACCGGCGCCUUUGAUGACGCCGAAAAUGCAGUCACUGUAAAUCAGGUCGCCGACCUCAAGGUCUCGGAGAAGAACGCAGUCGUCAAUGUUCAACUGAAGGAAGGCGAAUCUGCGCAACUCAUCGGCGCCAUCAAGUCGCUUGCUAGCAGGCAUAGUUACAUGGCUGUUGUGUGGGCCUCUCGCCAAGAUGCUGGCGCAGCUGAUGCGGCUCCGGCUGAUCAACCCGCGGCUGGUGCAGACCCCGCCAAACCAGACGCUGUCAAUGGGAAUACCGCCGAUUCGGCUUCGGGGGCUGACGCCACCAAAGCACACGUGAUGAACCCACCAGAGAUUAGCUCCGCUGGCCUAUCCGGCUUGCUUGUCGCCUUGAUCUUCUUGCUCAUCUUUGUCCCUGGCUUCCUUUGCCUUACCAGAAUCGCCUCACCGGAGACCUUUGACGUCAUGGAUAGCAACGACAUGAAGAAGAAGAUGCAAUAAGUGACUAUUAUCGUAUGUAUACACGCUCACUGACUGAAUAAGCGUUCGAUAUCGUAGUGUCAAAGCUUUUCAAGGACAUUAUGCACUCUGCGAUCUUGUACACACUACGGUCGAACGCCUUCAAUUUCGUAUCUACUGCGUCUCGGCAGAGGGAAUACCUUCGUUACAACUGUAAAGCAAAUACACAAAU